AUUCAAAACUAACGCUGAAAACAAAAACCAUGAUGAUCCAUUGACCAAUGGCAGGACAUCACCGAGUUUGUUAACAAAUCACAAUAUAAAUAAUUUCGAAACUACACCACAAAAUAAUAAGCUGAAUGAAAUAGUAAAAGUUAAUGAAAACCAAAGCAAUGAUAUGUUUGAUGCUAUGGAUGUGGACAUUUCAUUCAACGAAAAAACACCUUCACCCGAAAACAUUAAAUUAACAAAAAGCAUUUCAUCAAAUAAGAAGAAAAUUACAACAAAUGAAAAAAGGUUACAUACACCGAAAAAGAUAAGUCCAGUAAAAGAUAAAGAUCCGCUAAAAAACUUGAAACUAGAUGACUCCGUAUCAGGUUUGCUUAAGAAAAUAUCAUCACAUCCUGCUUUAAGAAAAUCCGGAAAGGAUGAGAACUGUGAUAUUAGCAAUGACUUAGACGAUUGUAAAUCAAUGUACAUAGAAUUACUAGAAAAAAUUAGUAGUGCAUUCGAUAGAAUACCAAAUUGUAUAAAGGAAAAAUUCCCAGGAUAUGAUUCCAAAGUUUAUACAGAAAUGAAACAUAUUGGAGCUAAAUUAAAAUAUAUUAUUAAUAAAAAAUCACGUAUAAAAACAUCACAGGAAUUUUCUGAAUCGCCACCUAUGAGUAUAAAUAAUUCACAGAUUACAAAUUACAAUAAUUCCCAACCAGCAAUAGAUGACAAAGACAGUGAUCUAGAAGAUUUUGAUUUGGAAUCAAGUAAUUUAAUUAAUAAAAGAAAAAAUACUCACAAUAAAUCAAAACCUGAAACUUCAACUCCUGAUAUAUUUAAUAAUACUAAAAAUAAGCCACAUAAAACUAUCUAUUCAGAAAUAAUAGCUAAAAAAGCAUUAUCUUUCGAUGCAACAUCACCAAUAAUUUCUAACCUAGAUUCAAGUGUACAAUCAUUAGACAGUAACGAUAGUAUAUCAGAUAGCGUUAAUAAAAGCAAAGGCAGAUUCGUUUUUAAAAGACCGUCUCGAACCAACGACGAUCAACCUAAAUCUAUAAAAGAUGUACCAUCUAAUACAUUAGAAAGAUUAAAAACUGCUGCAGAAAAUCUGAAACCAUUACCAGAUGUGAAACCGACGAAGUUUGUACCGAUAGAAAAUAGUUCAGUUAAAUUUCAAGCUUCACAUAUAAGUAAGAGUUCUUUAAUGGAAUUUGACGAUUCCCGAACUAUAAUAUCAACGGGGGUAAAAAAUAAUGACGUAAACGAUGACGUAGACGAAGUAAACGAUUACGAAGUACCUAUAGAUAUGGACGAUGAGACAGACUUACUACCAGAAAGUUCUACAGCUGUUAUAAAUAUAAGUGAUUCAUUACCAAAUAGUGGCAGUGUUAAUAUUAAUAAUAAAGAAAUACCAGUAGACGAAGAUGGAUGGCCAGAAUACAGGAUAGAAGACUUCGAAGACGAUAUAGUACCAGUUGAAAAAGACGUAAUAGACUUGAUGGAUCAGUCAGUUGUUAAAGAGACAACUAAAUACGAAGGAAUGGGCGAUUUUCAUGCAGGCACACAAAAUGAUGGAAUCACAGGCGAGUUUGAUGGCUUAAACUACCCUCACUCUAUCCCUAUGAUGGAAAUGUUCCGAGAGAGGUUCGGUCUCAAGUCCUUCAGGCCCAACCAGCUGCAGGUCAUCAAUGCCACGCUGCUCGGACACGAUUGCUUCGUGCUUAUGCCCACGGGAGGAGGCAAGUCGCUGUGCUACCAGUUGCCGGCGAUACUGAGCCCGGGAGUGACAAUCGUCGUGUCCCCGCUCAAGUCACUCAUACUCGACCAGGUCAACAAGCUGCUCUCACUCGACAUCCCGGCGGCUCACAUGUCUGGUGACGUGUCGCUGGCGGUGUGCGACGACAUCUACCACAAGCUGUCAUUACGCGAGCCGCCGCUCAAGUUGUUGUACGUAACGCCGGAGAAGAUCAGCAACUCGCCCAAGUUUCAGGCCAUGCUCGACACAUUGUACUCCCGGGGAAAGAUAGCCAGGUUCGUUAUCGACGAGGCUCACUGCGUGUCCCAAUGGGGGCACGACUUCCGACCUGACUACAAGCGGCUCUUCAUCCUGCGAGAGCGGUACCCCACCACCAACAUGAUGGCUCUCACCGCCACCGCCACCCCGCGCGUCAGGAUGGACAUCCUGCACCAGCUGAAGGUCACCGCCUGCAAGUGGUUCCUCUGCAGCUUCAACAGACCGAACCUCGCCUAUAGGAUCCUAGAGAAACGACCAAAACUCGUCAAUCAAGAUAUUGCCAAGAUUAUCAAGGAGAAAUUCUUUAGGGACUCGGGCAUAGUGUACUGCUUGUCGCGCAAGGAGUGCGAGCUGGUGACGUCAGAGUUGCGCAAGGCAGGUAUUCAGGCUGCUGCAUAUCACGCAGGACUCGCGGACAAGAAGCGCGAGACUGUGCAGGCCAGCUGGGUCGCUGACAAACAUAAAGUUAUCUGCGCGACGAUCGCGUUCGGUAUGGGCGUGGACAAGGCGGACGUGCGCUUUGUGAUCCACCACAGCCUGCCCAAGUCAGUGGAGGGCUACUACCAGGAGGCGGGCCGCGCCGGACGGGACGGAGACCUCGCCACCUGCCUCAUGUACUACUCCUACAGCGACGUCAUCAGGUACAGGCGGCUGCUCGACUUGGAACGCAACGCGAGUCCGGAGUCGAAGCGCGUGCACAUAGAGAACUUGCUACGUAUGGUAGAGGUGUGUGAGAGUGUGACAGAGUGCAGACGCGCGCAAGUCCUCUCCUACCUCGGGGAGAGGUUCAGCAAGGAGGAGUGCGCGAAGGAUCCUCUCACCGCUUGCGACAACUGUCUCAGCGCACGCUCCUACACGCCGGUGGACGUGACGGAGGAUUGCAAGUUGAUAGUGCGUUGCGUGCGUCAGCUGAAUGCUAACAGGACGACAUUCACACUGCUGCAGCUGGCUGAUGUACUGCGCGGCUCCAACCAGCAGCGGCUGGCGGACCUGAGAGACAGUCCGCUGCAUGGCAGAUGUAAGUCGUGGGAGCGCGGAGCAGCACAGAGACUGUUACGUCAGCUGGUGGUGCGCGGAGCACUCGCUGAGCGGCUCGUGGUCAACAAUGACAUCGCCACAGCUUACCUGCAGCUUGGACCUAACGUUGACAAACUGAUGUCAGGUGGUUUACGUGUGGUGUUCCCCAUGAAGAUGGAACGUAAGACGAGCUUGGUGACGCCAGUAGUCAGUGCUGAGGAUGGACAGACCACACACAUCAGCGCACUCAUCAAACGUAUUGAGGAGCGUUGCUAUGCUGACCUCGUGGAGGCUUGCAGGGAGAUGGGUGCAGCACGAGGCGUGUCCCUGGCGGCGGUGUUCCCGCAGGCAGCACUGCGAGCUAUGUCAGUACGUCUGCCGGAGUCUGCAGCUCACAUGCAGGCUUUGCCGCACGUCACACGCGCCAACUAUGACAAAUAUGGUGCACGUCUCCUCACCAUCACCACAGCGUACUCCCACGAGAAGAUGGGUCUUUUAAUGCAAUACCAAGACGAGCUGGAGGCUGAGGAUAAGAAGGAGGAGGAUGAGUUCAAGAGUACAGCAUCAGGUUCGGAUCCGGAUUGGGGGAGUGAGGCGCGAGCAGCACUGAGGGAGUCCUGCACUCCUGCACGACGAAGACAACACCGAGCUCGGGGUGGCGUCAGGAAGAGAUACAAAAGCAAGAAGCGUUCAUCUCCCGGCAAGAGGAAGGCGGCGCGCGGCGCGUACACAGCGCGCGGAGCUACAUCUGCUGCUGGCAGUAGACUUGGUAAUAUGCCGGUACCUCGCAGUAACACCGCUGUGUCUCUCAACACACGCCCUGGGGUCUUUAAGACCUCUAAACUAAAUCUCAUAUGACCCACAA